AUGCAGGCCAUCUCACAAUGGGGAGAGUCACAGCAACUAGGAGCCCAGCCACCACAGCCGGGAACCCAGCUACGGCCACCCAGAGGCUGGCCACCACAGCCGCGAACCCAGCUACGGCCACCCAGAGCCAGACCACCACAGCCGGGAGCCCAGCUACGGCCACCCAGAGCCAGGCCACCACAGACUUGUGUCAGGCCCUUACAGCCCACAGCCCAAAACCUACAGCAGCAACCUGUCAAGACAUCCCUGCCUGGAACCUUGCCACCAGAGUCCCAGGCUCAACCAUCUCAGACUACUUGGGCCCAAUUAGUGAAAUCCAAGCCCCACCCACCACAGGCCAGAGCCCAGUCACCACAACUCCAUGUCCAGCGCCCCCUGCCUGGAGCUCAGCAACCGCAGUCCCACACACCACCACCUCAGUCACAGAGGGAAGGCCAAGCGGUUGCAUCAGAGGAAUCUAGAGAAGCAGAAGGCAGAAUUCUACUUCCAGAACACCACCCCACAGCUAUAACAAAGGAGCUGACUCAGAGGCCUCGUGGUGGAAUCUUCCAAGACCUUGUGGUGAACACCAGGAAGGAGAUGAAGCAUGUUAAAGAUUCAAAGAGAGGGACGGGAGGCGAAGUGAUUGAACUAAAGACAAACCAUUACCAAAUGACCUGCGGCUGUGACAUCGCAUAUAAGUACAAUAUUGAUUACCAACCUGACAUAAAGGACAUUGCUAUCCGCACAAAUUUACUGCUCAGGCAUGAGUCUACACUUGGCAGAUGCCACAUAUUCGACGGAAACUCAUUGCUCUUACCUCGGAGGCUACAACAUUUGGAAAUGGAACUUGUCAGCCAGACUGAAAGUGAUGGCAACGUGAGAAUCAGGAUCCGGCUGUCCAGUGAGCUCCACCCCAAUCACCCAGAAUGGCUUCGCUAUUACAACAUCCUCUUUUCAAGAGUCAAUGUGCAAGUUCAGUAUCUAGUUCCUAGUAUUUAUCCUCCUGCCCAUGCCCACUUCCUGGGUCUGUCACCUGUCUGGAAAAAGGAACAGAUGUCUACACUGCGUGUCUGCCCCUUGUGUCUUAAAUAUGUUCAUCCCCUCCACAUGCUCAUAGAUGUGUUGGAUGUUGGGGUGGGCCAACUCGCAGCCCUGAUUCUGAGCCUGGGUGGUAGCUUUCCGUCAUUAUCACAACCCAGAAUGGACAUCAAGCGUAGCUACACUACUUCCAUCCUGCCGUAUGAGAAGAGCCUGACCCUGUGUGCUGACGUGACGCACAGGCUGCUCCAGAAGAAAACUGUGUGGGACCUCAUAACCGAGAAGCAGGGUAGAGCCACGAAAAAGAAAGAAGUCUCUGAAGAGGUGGUGGGGUCCAUUGUUUACACCACGUACAACAAUAAAACCUACAGAAUCGAUGCUGUCAACUGGGAGAAGAAUCCUAAUGAUGCAUUUAAAAAAAUCGACGGCAGCACAACCACCUUCACAGCCUACUACAGGGAGCGAUACAAUGCCAACAUAACUGACCUGGGUCAGCCACUCUUGAUGAGCUUGGGCAAGUGGAAGAAGGGCCAGACGUCUACACCUCAUGAGCCUAUCUUCCUGGUCCCUCAGCUGUGUUACCUGACAGGUCUAGCACGUGCUGUAUCUGAAAACCAUAGCCUAAUGGCGCAGCUGACUGACAGAAUGAGAAUGAGCCCAGUGAAUCGGAGGAACGCACUGAACAAGUUCAUGAGCGACAUUCAUACAAAUCAGAACAUAAAAGAGGAGUUCCUGCAGUGGAGGGUGACAUUUGAUGCCAACAGUCUGUCUGUGCCAGGAAGAGUUCUGAGCUCAGUAAAGCUUUUUCAAGGUGCCAGAUCGUACACCAUCAAACCACACCUACAGAACUGGCUGAGGGACUCCAAGAGCAUAGCCUUACAUAGACCAAAGUCCUUAGAUCGCUGGGUGAUCCUGCACACCAGGAACUGCUCCUCCCAGGUCAACCGGCUAGUGAGCACACUCGAGAAGGUCACUGAAAGAAUGAACAUAAAAAUGUCACGGGCAGCCAGGCAUCAAGUCAAUGAGGAUCCUGGCUCCUUUAGGCAAGCAUUACAGAAACAUAUUUCACAAGAUACUCAAAUGGUGGUGUGUGUGCUGCCUGACAACAGAAAGCAAAGAUACGAGGAGAUAAAAACGUUUCUGUGCGUUGAGAACCCAGUCCCCAGCCAGUGUGUUGUGGCAUCAACCCUGAAUAAUGAAAGGAAUCUCACAACUAUAGUCACCAAGAUCGCUCAGCAGAUGAACUGCAAGAUGGGAGGUGCCCUCUGGAAGGUGGACACAAGGGUAUGCAGGACGAUGUUCAUUGGAAUUGACUGUUUCCAUGAUAUUGUGAGCCGGCAGAAGUCAGUGGCAGCAUUCGUGGCUAGCACCAAGGAAGACUUAACCAUGUGGCACUCCCAGUGUCUCUUUCAGGAUACAGCACAGGAGAUUGUCAAUGAUCUGCAGAGCUGUCUGCAAGCUGCCCUGGAUUCCUGGGUCGCAAACGAAAAGCAGAAACCCCAGAGCGUGGUGGUCUAUCGGGAUGGAGUUGGGGAUGGCCAGCUACAGGCCCUGCUGGAAAAGGAGGUUCGGCAGUUCCAGAAGUUCUUCACCUCUAGCAUCAAGCUAACAUUCAUCGUGGUGAAGAAACGAAUCAACACUAGGUUUUUUGUUGUAAAUGGGAAGGAAGUUACGAAUCCGCCUUCAGGGACUGUUGUUGACCAAAUAGUGACCAGGGAAGAGUGGUAUGACUUCUAUAUUGUGAGUCAGACUUCCAACAGUGGCACCGUCACACCCACUCAUUAUAAUGUCAUCUAUGAUACGAAGGGCCUGACUCCAAACCAGGUUCAAUGCUUAACCUACAGACUCUGCCACAUGUACUACAAUUUGCCGGGUAUCAUCCGAGUCCCUGCUCCAUGCCACUAUGCACACAGGCUGGCUUACUUCGUGGGGAAGAGCAUUCACCAAAAGCCAGCAUCAUCGCUGUCAGACUAUCUCUAUUACCUUUAG